AUGAUCUCAUCAUUCGCUAUAAUAACCUUAAAUAUUAACAUAGAAAAUUCAAAAAUAAUACAGGUAGUUGAACCAAAUAUCACAGAAAAACUUAUAAAUGAGCUUAAAAUUAAACCUACAAACCUUUUAGAAUGGAAACGAAGGCAUUACAUAACAGGCUAUUUAAAUAAAAAUCAGAAAGUAAAAAUAUAUAUAAUAUCAGGACAAUGGUAUGGUCGAAUGGAUGUACAUCACCUCAAAUAUAAUUAUGAUGGAACUUUAAUGAAUUGUGAUGUACCAUGUAUUUGGAAUAUGACUGACUUAGGCAAUCUAACGCCUGAAGAGCUCAGAACGGCUGAUGCUUUAUUUUGUGUAGAUCAACAAAUACUACCAGAGAAGAAAUCAUGGGAAGGUCAAAAGUUUAUACAAUUAGCAGUCGAACCUUACAUUACUUGUCCAUGGUGUAUUGACAAUUUAGAAAGAUGGGAUUUUCGAUCAACAUAUAAAGAAAAUUCCGAUAUGCCUACAAGUCUCAUUCGAUCUGAUCCAAAUGGUUGGCGGAUAAAACAACCUUUUAACGUAGAAAGUCUCAAUAAAAAUUCAACUUUAAUUUCUUUCAUUGCUUCCCACUGGACUGAUUUUCGUAGAGAUUGG